AUGGACAUUUGGAAGUUUCAGUUCGACUUGAAGCAAAACCCGCUCAUCCCAAUACGUCCGGCGAGUGUGAAGGAACUGCUGAAGCAGAAGAAGAUGGCGGUGGUUCAAAAGGAGAACACAGAGUUCGCUGAUCGAGGACGUGGAACUAUGGCAGACUGUGUGGAUCCUGCAGCACUUCGGCAGAUCAGCGACAAGUUCUUCAUGGACGGCAUCGAACAAGGCUUGAAACAUCGUGCCGACAACCUGAUGUCUUUGGCCUUGUGUACACGUGGUGACAACCUGCGCCGCUUGACGCUGUCUGAGAUUGGUUUGGUUUCAUUCGAGGGCGAAGGCGUCAAUGGUGCAAGUCUGUUCCGCUGUGUGUGGCGCAAAUCGAAGCGAAACCAGUAUGGAAACGUUGAGCAGACAACAUUCAUGCGUCACAAGGAC